UUACGAUUUCACAUACAAAGUGCAGUCGACAAAUGUAUUACUUGUGUAAUUAGUUGAAAUUUACACGGACCAAUUUGUGGGCGCAUAUUCUGCGGCAAUGUGAGGCAUUCGGGAAAAUUUUGAAAUUUUGAGUAUUGCAAGUAGUGAUUAACUGAAAAAUUAAAUAUUUUCGUAAAAAUAUAUAUAUUCAAAGUGUUUGAAAUCAACUUUAAUAUUAUUUAAAACUAAACGGUUUGCGCUCAAUAAAAAAAAACGGGUCUUAGUCUCUAAAAAAAAGUCCUAAAGUAACUUGAAGCGUUGUGUAACGCAAAAAAGUAAAAUAUUUAAGAAGUCAUUACUAAAGAUACAAAAAAAAUUGCUUUAAUCAUCAUCACAAAACUACAAUGGAUGUGUUUGCGAAGAAGUGUAAUAUCGAGAGCAACGCCGAAUUGGGCAGAUAUGUCACAGCAGCUGUAGAUAUCAAAGCCGGUGAGACUUUUCUGCUAGAACAGCCGAUAUUGUUGUUGGCUUUGACUGGCGAGAGACGUUGCACGAAUUGUUUGAAAUUAACGACACAAUUUUGCAGAACCUGCCACGUCUUUGCGCUCUGCGACGAUUGUGCGUCACACAAUGAAUACGAUUGCCGUUUGCUCGCCGACAUGAAGGAUUUACGCAUCGGAUUGCUGCAAGAAAACCCCAAUACUUAUGGGCUGCUCAAGUGUCUGCUGUUGCGUGAGAAUCCGGAAAACGCUUCCGCCUACGAACAGUUAUUACAAAUGGAAUCGCAUUUAGAAGAGCGGCGCAACAGUAAAAUAUGGCAGGAACUGCAGAAGUGUGCUGUCGAACCCGUACUACAAGCGGGCUUGACAAAACAGCUAAAGGACGGUGAGAGCGUGGACGAAACGCUGCUGCAAAAAUUCUUGGGUAUCAUCGAUGUAAAUUGCUUUGAGGUACGUGCGCCCGAUGAGGGACAACUGCGCGGCCUCUAUCCGCGUACAGCGCUUAUGGCGCACAGUUGUGUGGCGAAUGUACAGAUUAGCAAUGAUGAAAACUAUCUGAUGAAGGCAUACGCGACGCACGAUGUCAUGAAAGGCGAACUACUAUAUAACUGUUAUACAAAUGUCUUGUUGGGCACCGAUGAACGUCUUCAGCUGCUAAAGGAAGGCAAAUAUUUCGAUUGUAAAUGUGCGCGUUGCGAGGAUCCCACCGAAUUGGGUUCACAUAUGAGCAGUUUUAUGUGCGCGCGUUGUGUGGAGCAGAAACGCACUGGUUUCAUUGUCAAAAUAAAGAAGGAACCCGCAAAACAACCAUCACAGGCGGAAAAACCAGUGAAUAGCAGCGCCACUAAACAGUUGUGGAUGUGGCAGUGUCAGGAGUGUGAACACACUCUAAGCGCUGAUACAGUACAGCAGCUCAUCGAACGCGCCAAAGAAGAGAUGUUCCACGCCAAAGAGGAUAUCACGCGUUAUGAACUCUUGCUGUCGAAACUCACACGCUACUUUCAUCCCAAUCAUUAUCUCUUGUUGGAUAUCAAACAGAAUAUAGCCGCGAUUUUACGUUCGAUUCUGCAAAAUUUCGCUCUACAACCGGGUCGAAAGGUGUACGAGCGUAAAGUGCGUCUCUGUCAGGAUAUAUUCGGUGUGUUGCAAAUCAUCUUACCCGGUAUUUCACGGCUGAAAGCAAUUGUGCUCUACGAAAUGGCGAAUACGAUUGCGGAAUUGCAUCGCAUGCGUUACGAGCAGAAGGAGUUGCAAAAGUCAGAGUUGGUGGAGUUGCUUAAACGUGUUGAACUGAUGUUGCGUGAGUCGGUACGCAUGCUGCUUUAUGAACCACCCGAAACACCAGAAGGUCAAAUGACGAAGUGCAUAUUGAAAGAGCUUAAAGAUCUGCAGAGCGACGUAAAGUAUUUGGAGGAAAAUUAAAUGAAAAUAGCAAUAUUUGGUGUAAAUAUAAAAUAAUAAACAGAAGUGUUAACAUAUUUUAAGAGUUGCCAAUAUAAAAUAAUAUACCUAACUGCUAUAAAAA